AUGUCUACUACUGAUGAUGGUGAGAGUAAUCCAAGUCGCAAUGAGCUGGAACAAGAAGGAUCAUCUGAACCUCUUCUUCCUAGUCCUACAACACAAAGUUGUGAAGAAUCUGGUCUUGUCAAGAAAAGAGAAGAGUACAAGAAGAGGUCCAAAGCUUGGGAUCAUUUUCAUGUAAAGCAUGUGAAUGGAGUUCGUCAUGCAAUUUGCAAAUACUGUGAGAAGGACAUAGCUGCAGAUCCCAAAAGUCAUGGUACGACUCCCCUUAAUACUCAUGUAGCUAAAUGUCCUCUAAAUCCUAAAAAUAAGCACACUGGCCAGGCUACUUUGUAUUUGGGUGAAACUGAAACAUUAAAGGGAGAGGUUAAAGGGGCACUCAUAAAGGGUAGAGGUUUUCAAUACAUGAUGCGGACUGCUUGUCUAUCAUUUAAAAUUCCUUCGAGGUGGACUAUUUCUAGAGAUUGCUAUCAGCUGUAUUUAGAUGAAAAAAUUAAGUUGAAACAUCUUUUGAAGAAUAACAGUAGCAGAAUUUGUCUAACCACAGAUUCUUGGACAUCCAUUCAAAGGAUAAACUAUAUGUGCCUUACUGCCCAUUUCAUAGAUAAUGAUUGGAAACUGAACAAAAAGAUCCUAAAUUUCUGUCCUAUUGCUAGUCACAAGGGAACUGAAGUUGGUAAGGCCAUAGAAAAGUGUCUACUAGAAUGGGGAGUUGAUGAUAUCCUAACUGUUACAGUUGACAAUGCAAGUUCCAAUGAUGUAGCUGUCAGCUAUUUACGAGAAAAACUUCAAAAUUGGGGGAAAGCUGUGUUAGGGGGGAAAUGGACUCAUGUGAGGUGUGUAGCUCACAUAGUGAAUCUAAUUGUCAAUGAUAGCAUCAAAAAACUUGGGGAUUCAGUUGAUUGUAUCAGGGCAGCAGUUAGAUAUGUUAGACAGUCACCUUCUAGAUUGAAAAAAUUCAAGGAGUGUGUUGAAAUUGAAAAAAUUGAAUGCAAAAGAUUGCUCUGUUUAGAUGUCUCUACUAGGUGGAAUUCUACAUAUCUAAUGCUAGACACAGCUCAAAGGUUUGAACGGGCUUUUGAGAGGUUCAAGGAGCAGGAUCCUUACAUGCUUCAAGAGUUAGAAAAUCUGCCAACAAAAUCUGAUUGGACAAAAGCUAGAUUCUUG